GUCAUAUGUUCCUUUUUAAGGACUCUUUUUUUGUCAAAGACUUUAACACCUCUGAAGACUUUUGGUCAACAGAAGGACACAUGGAAGGACUCAGCUAUAAGAACUUCUCACAGGACCAAGGCUCAGUUAUAAAAAUGAGUGAAGAGAUUUUUAUUUCUAAGACAUCCUUGGAGCUGAUGACAGAGUAAUGGGGAAAACAGGAGGACAGACAUCUUCUUUGAAACUUUUAAUAUGAAUGAUGGAGGAGUCAAGCACUGCUUUCACCUCCGAAUAUAAUGAGAGCACCUCAGCAUGGGCACCCAUGCCCUCUGCUCCCAGCAGGCAGCUGGGCACACUUCCCAACCCGCAGACUCGAUUCAAAGACCUGACAGGAAUGCUUUUCAUGGUGACCCUGAACGUUCUCGCACUUCUGGCCAAUACUGCAGUGAUGGUAGUCGUGAUCAAAGCCCCUCAUCUCAGGAAAUUUGCCUUCGUGUGCCACCUCUGUGCAGUGGACUUGCUGUGCGCCAUCUUGCUCAUGCCUCUCGGCAUCGUGUCCAGCUCGCCGUACUUCGCUGAGGUCGUGUUUACUGUGCUGGAGUGCCAGAUCUAUGUCUUCCUCAAUGUAAUCCUCAUAGCUGCCUCUAUCUUCACCAUCACAGCCAUCAGUGUGGAAAGGUAUUACUAUAUUGUCCACCCAAUGCGCUAUGAGGUCAAGAUGACCCUGAAGCUGACCUUGGCUGUUGUGGUAAUGGUGUGGGUGGCUUCGGCCAUACUGGGCUUUUCCACCGUUUUUGGAUGGCCGUCGUAUGGGCAGAAAUCCAUCAGUGCUGCACACUGCUCACUUCACUGGAGCCACAAGGACCACAGGCGUAUUUUUUCUGCUCUCUUCAGCGUCACCUGUUUCUGUCUGCCAGCUGUGGUGAUCUUUGCUGUCUACUGCAAUGUGUACAAGGUGGCCCGAGUGGCAGCACAGCAGCAUGGGCCUCUGCCCUCAUGGACGAACACUCAGGUCAAGCAUCGCUCAGACUCCAUAAACAGUCAGACGACCAUCAUCACAACUCACCACACCCUUUGUUAUCCUCGCAGGAUAACAAGAGAUCGGCCUUUUAUUGGCAGCAAAGCUGCUCUAACCCUCAUGAUCAUUGUCGGUCAGUUUCUGAUCUGCUGGCUGCCUUACUUUGCCUUCCACCUCCACCUGAUACUGAACUCAAAACCUCACACCCCUAAUGACUUGGAGGUAGUGGUGACCUGGUUGGCAUAUUCCUCCUUUGCUAUGAAUCCUUUCUUCUAUGGACUUCUAAACAGACAGAUCCGUGAGGAGCUGUGUAAGUUGAAGCGCUGCUACUCAGCAUACCCAACAGACCCGGCCUUUUCCUGCCACGAGGGCUCAGGCCAUGAAAACUUCCUGCAGUUCCUCCAUAGGACCAGUUGCACGAUAGAGACACGUGCAAGCUUUGCAAUGCCCAGUCCCAGAACCACUCUGGAUCAAACUGGGCAGACUGGUUUCAGGAUACCAGGUCAGAUUCCAGAAGAGUUGAACUAGAUGUACCACACAGCUUUGAGAUGAAGUUAGUAUCCUGCAGGAUUAUAGAAGUCAUAUAGGGCAGCAUGAUUUAAUUACUAGCAGCAAAGCUUCACACAAAAACAUAAAAAACUAAAUUUGUUGCGUUUUAAAAUUUGAUACUGUAUUCUUUGAUCUGUAAAAGCUCUGAAAUUAUCGGAAAGUCAUUUAUGCUUUUCCAAAUGAACUCUACUUUUAUAAACUAUUUAUAAGCUACAACUUAGUAGUUCUAGUUUCAAAAAGAGGGGGUCUGUGUAUAUGAUAUUAUUAAAGAAGUCUGAAUCAGUCAACAGGUUUACAUACAAAUCAUAGAUCGCAUGGAUUGGAUUCAGGAUCUACUUAUUAAAAGUGGAUAGCUUUUCCUUUUGUGAAAAUAUUUUUACAACCUAAAGUGAAAAUAUUAUUUUCUAGUUUUAUUUAAAUACAAACAAUAUUCUGCAAGUCAGUACUUGAUCAUUUGUAUUUCUUUCAAACAAUGUAAAAAAAAAAAGUAUGUUUAGCAUUUUUCUUUUCCUAUGAAUUUAAUGAUUAUAUUUAAGCUGUCAUCUUUUACAUACAUAUGAAUCUGUUUUUGUUUAGACGGUUUUUCUAAAAACAGCUUAUUAUUCACCUUAGUACAUUUCUCUUUAGCUUACACAGUCAGAAUUUAGACAGUUUUAAUUUUUAAUAUUUUAGUUUUUACAUUGCGGUAAUAAACAGUCCUAUAUAAUCUCUUUUAGUGAACAUGUUGGUAUAUUAUAAGACAGUAAAAAGUGAAUUUGGAUGGUAGCAUAUUCAUUGGUAGCAUAUUCAUUUGUAAGAGUGAUCCAGUCAAAUUCCAGACAAAAUUCAAUUGAGGACAUAUGGCAAAAGUUAAAAAUUGCCUUAUUCAGGCACUUACAUCUAAUUUUAUUAAGCUUGAGUAAUUUCGAAGAGAACAGGCUUAAGAUGUGUAAACCUGGUAAAAAGAUACCCAAGCAGACUUGUAGCUGUAAUUUCAAUAAAAGUUGUUGUUCCAACUAUUUACCUUGAAUAAAAAUCGUAAACACUCUUUUCAGAUUUUUAUUUGUAAGAGAUUCUUAUACCAUGCUAUUUUUUUCCAUCUACUAUACAGUUAUGUGCUAAUUCAUGUUGGUCUAUCCUGUUAAAACAUAAUAAAAAUGACAAUUUUCCAGAAUU